AUGGAGGACUUUAAGGACUUCAAUACAUCUAACACAACUGUUUUUAACAAUAUAAAUACAGUUAGGGACACAGAGAGAGAUGAGAAAUCUCUACAUGGGGAAACAGUUUCUAAACAAACGUUCCAGGUAAAUAUUACGAAAUAUAAAUGUGAUGUUUGUGGGAAACUUUGCUCUUCGGAACAUGAGGUCUUCAAGCAUAAAGAAAUGCACAAUCAGAAAAAACCGUAUCAGUGUGAGAUAUGCGGAAAGUCCUUUGGGUGUAGGAGUCAGUUGAAAAUACACAACAGAUCCCAUACCGGAGAAAAACCGUAUCCCUGUGAAAUCUGUGGAAAAGCUUUUGGUUCCAAAAGUAAUUUAACGCAACACGUAAAGACACACGCUGGGAAAAAACUCCAUCACUGCGAAAUCUGCCGAAAUACUUUUGUGUCGAGUACGAAUUUGAAAAUACACUAUAGGAUUCAUACUGGGGAAAAACCCUUCCGCUGUGAAGUUUGCGGAAAAUCCUUCGUGUCUAAUAUUCAGUUAAAAACACAUAAACGGGUCCACACUGGAGAGAAACCUUAUCACUGUGAGAUAUGUGGAAAAGCUUUUGUAACCAGUUGUCACUUAAAGGAGCACAACCGGACCCAUACAGGGGAGAAACCAUAUCAGUGUAAAAUCUGUGGGAAAGCUUUUAUAUCCAGUAGUAAAUUGAAACUACACGACAGGGCCCAUACUGGGCAGAUACCCUACCACUGUGAAAUAUGUGGAAAAGCUUUUAUGUGUAGUAGUAAGUUGAAAAUACACCACAGGACCCAUUCUGGGGAAAGGCCCUUUUGUUGUGAAAUAUGCGGCAGGUCUUUCUCUAACAACGCCAAUCUUGUUGGACACAAACGAACCCACACCGGGGAAAAGGCGUUUCUCUGCAUGAUUUGCGGGAAGUCUUUUAGCUUGAAUUAUUCUUUAAAAAGACACAGAACCACCCAUACUGGAGAAAAACCAUUUGCCUGUGAGACAUGCGGAAUGUCUUUUAGUUUGAAGAAUUCUUUGAAAAGACACCAAAGGACUCAUUCUGGGGAAAAACUCAGUCAUUGUGAAAUCUGUAACAAAUAUUUCUCCAAUAAUUUCAAUCUUUCUGUUCAUAAGCGAAUCCACGGAGGAGUGAAGACUUGUUACUGUGAAAUAUGUGGUAAAAGUUUCUUUCAUAAAUCUUAUCUUUCUGCUCACAAAAGGACGCAUGUUGGAGGGAAAUCCUUUAAGUGUAACGUCUGCGGGAAAUCUUUCUCCAGUAAUAAUGUCUUGUCACAACACAAAAAAAUCCAUUCUGGAGAAAAACUGUGUUGCGAUAUAUGUGGGAAAUCUUUUUCUUAUAAUUCAAAUCUAAAAGUCCACAGACGAACGCAUUCCGGAGAAAGGAUGCAUCCUUGCGAAACAUGUGGGGAAUCUUUUACCAGAAGUGAUGGCUUAAAGGAACAUGUGGCAAUGCACACUGCAUGA